AUGCCAAGUAAUGAUCUAGAUCGGCUUUUAGACUUUCUCCAAGAUGAAGUGGAGGGAGAAGAAAGAAUUUUGUUAGCUUCCCAAAGUUUUGAUCAAUCUAAAAAAUCCAGCUUUUCCAACAGCAAUCUAGAGUCUAACGAGAAGUUUCAAACCCGAGUAUCAACAGCAACUGAUCUUUUGGCAUCUAAUCUCAAUAAGAAGAAAUUCUGCAUUUUUUGUACUGAGGAACAUAAUUCAUGGAACUGUAAAAAAGCUUCUAAACUGAGUUUGUUUUUCAUGCAAAGUUCUGUAAAAAAGGCCCGUUGUUGUUUCUUGUGUUUGAGAGAGGGACAUGGAGUGAAGACGUUCCGUUCCAAGUUCAACUGCCAAUUAUGUGGGAAGAAACACCAUUUAUUUUUGUGUAGAACAUUGCCACCAGAACCCAAUUCUUCCUUUGUCCCUACAGAUGUUAAAGUUCAAGAAUCAGUGAUACAACACGACGGAGCCCUGGCCAACUUCUCUAAAUCUUCCAAUGUUUUCCUACAAAUUUUAACCAUUCUUGUGAGAGGAGAAACCACUAAACGUAAAGCUCGAGCCAUCAUUGAUUCUGAAUCUCAGCGGUCGUAUAUUCUGAAAGCAACAGCUAAAGAAAUGAAUUACAAAGACAAAAGGAGAGAGUAUUUACAACAUUCACUGUUCGGUGGUUCCAAUACCUCAACCUGCCAACAUGAUGUGUACAUGAUAUAUUUGUCAAGAGUUUCAGAGGAGUAUAACUGCUAUUUUGAAGUACUUGGACAGGAAGAGGUUUGUGACUCAAUAUUAUCUAGAAAACGAGGGUCACAUUUUAAAGAACUUAGAGAUUACAACAUUCAUUUGGCAGAAGAUUUGGAUGGUCCAAUUCAAAUUCUCAUUGGAGCUGAUGUUGCAGGAAAGCUGAUUACCGGGAAUCAUCUCCAACUGAAAAAUGGAAUCACUGCAAUUGAAACAAAGCUAGAUUGGACGGUUAUUGGACGUGCCAAUAUUGAGAAUACAAGCUUAUUAACCACUUCAAUGCUCACGACAAAUACUUGCAUAAGCGAUUUGUGGACCCUUGACUCUCUUGGUAUCACAGACCCAUCUGAAAAGAAGACGAUGGUUGAAUUACAAGACGCAGCGAGGCAGCAUUUCUUAGACACAGUUAAAAUAGAGAACAAUAGAUCCCAUGCCAUCUGCCAUUUAGAAAAGAUAUGUCGUACAAGGGACCGCUUAGCAUCACAAUAUGGUAGAGAUUGUGUUAGAAAUAGUGUUGCAAAUUUAGCUGCAAAAUCUGCCCUUUCAUUACCUGAAAUACCUGCAUGCCCUGGGAUCCAACAAAAAAGUAUUUUGAAACCCUUGUUUUCUAGGAGUCUUAGUGUGCACAAAAUUUGUAAGGCAACUGGAUGCGUCUGA